AUGGGGACUGUUGAAGAAACUUUAAAGUGUCCCGUCUGCCAGGACUUCUUCACAGAUCCUGUGACGCUGCCAUGUGGGCAUGACUUCUGUCUCACCUGUAUCCAGGCUGUGUGGGAAACUGAUGGGUCAGAUGAGGGUCUUGUCUUCUGUCCAGAGUGUCAGGUGCUCCUCCCCUCUGGCCUCACUCUGGAGAUAAACACCAGCCUUCAGACCAAAGUAAAGGACUUCACCACCAACAGGCCAUCAACAGCAGAGCUAAGGACAGCGACACCGAGCAGCGCAAACAAAUCAUCUUCAACUAUCCACUGUGACCACUGCAUAGACACGCCGUCGGUGGCCAUCAGGACUUGUCUAACCUGCGAUGCCUCACUGUGCCAGGCUCACGCCCUGCUGCACCAGCAGAGGUCUGCUCUGAGGGAGCACACAGUUGUGGAGGUUACGGGGGAUCCGCUGUCUCUGAAGUGCAGGGAGCACCGUGAUGAGCUGAAACUCUUCUGUAUGGAGGAAAGGGUCCCUGUGUGCUGUUUGUGCGUCCUGGUCGGCAUGCACAAGAACCACAAAGCAUCUCAACUCCAUGAUGCCUGCACAGACUUCAAGAGCAUGUUAGAGACCACUAUGAAGCAGCUGCUGAAGAGGAGAGGUGAAGCAGAACAUGCCAUCAAGGAGUUGGAGUCACUGUAUACUCAAACAGUGAAGUCUGCUGCAGAUUUCAGAGAGAGAGUCUCAGACAAGUACAGCAGGAUCCGUGUUGUGCUGGAUGGUGAUGAGCGUCUGAUGAUGCAGAUUAUAGAUGCAGAGGAGUCACACAUGACAGAGUGGCUGGAGGCCCAGAGGGGCAUCAUGGAGGCUCAGAUCAAAGAGAUAGACACUCUCAGAGCCUCCAGCAAAUCGCUCCUCCAAGAGACAAAUGAUCUGCGCUUCCUGCAGGAAUUAGACAGAGGUCUGUGUGACCCUGAGAAGCUGAGAACCGUAGAGAGGCUGGUGGAUGACCUGUCGGUGGCUCUGUCCCAACACUUUCCACGAAUGUGGUCAUAUCUAAGUUCUCCUGCUCUCGACUGCGACUCAGCCCAUCCGAAAUUGGAAAUAUGCCAGGACAAGAGACAGGUGUGCUGGAAACAGCAGCCUGUAAGUGAAGCUCUGAGUGCUCAGCCUUAUGACUCCCAGUACAGUGUCCUCACUCAGGAGAGUUUUACUACUGGCCAGCACUACUGGGAGGUCAUUGUCCAGGAAAAACCUUACUGGCUAAUAGGUGUGACCACCGGGCCAGUGGAUAAAAAAGCUGGCCCAAGCCAGAGUUCCUCCGGCCCGCGUGUGAACAACACAUUCUGGUGCAUCUACCACGGAGACGGACAGUACCUGGCAUGUCAUGAUUCGCAGGAGAAGCAGCUGUCAGUGGGAAAGAGAGUCAGAAAGCUGGGCAUAAUGGCAAACCUCCAGAAGGGGGAGCUGUCAUUCUACAAUGCUGAUUCUGUGACCCUGCUUCACUCUUUCUGUGUGCAGUGCACAGAGCCUCUCUACCCCAUGUUAAACCCAUGCAUUGAUGUGAAUGGACUGAACAGGCAGCCUCUUACCUUGUUUUGGAUUAAGGACCCAUGGGACUGGCAUGCAAACACAAACGGGGGCAAAGUGUGA